GGCAUAUUUGAGAACAAUUCCUUCCCCCAUCAAGUUAAAGAACAAACGAUUUUGGAUGAUACUUUCACCGGUACUGUCUCUUUUUUGUUAAGUGUUUUCUUUCAGGUCAAAUCCCAGGGUUCAAGCCCGCUAGUGACAUACGUUUUAGCUUCUGGAUAAGUUUCGUGGAGAUUUAUAACGAAACAUUUUAUGAUCUACUGGAUCCUACGCAGUGCUCAAGUAUCUUGACUGUCCAACCAAAUGGUAUCACCAGCACACGAAAUAAUCAGAACAUUACAAAUCCUCGGAAUAUAUUUAGUGUAAACAGCAACACAUCACAUGUUCCGAGUUUUGUAAGUCAACCUAGAAGAACUCCACUGGAGCUGAGGACUGACAAGAACGGAAAUCUUUUUAUAAAAGGUGUGAAAUGGUAUCCUGUAUCUUCACCUGAAGAGGCCCUGAGACUUCUUGCUGUUGGUCGUCAUUGCCAAAAGGUUGCAUCAACACGUUUAAAUCAAGCAAGCUCUAGAUCUCAUAGUAUUCUGUGUGUGAAAGCUGUACGGGUAGUUGAUAAAAACAAUCCGAAUUUCGCUCGAGUUAGUACUCUAAUGUUUUGUGAUUUGGCGGGAAGUGAACGUUCUGUAAAGGCUGCUACAGGUGGCCAAACACUGCGAAUUCGUGAGGCUGGCAAUAUUAAUUCAAGCUUGUUAACUUUGGGAAGAUGUAUUGAAUGCCUAAGAUAUAACCAAGUUCACCCAGAUAAUCCAAAAUUGGUGCCUUAUAGAGAUUCCAAACUUACACGUCUAUUUCAAGGUUUCUUCACUGGUCAAGGCAGAGCGUGUAUGAUAGUCAAUGCAUCUCCAAAUCCUGAAUUAUUUGAUGAAACACUACACGCUCUUCGUUUUGCUGCUUUGGCCAGACAAGUUAUUGUAGAAGUGAAUCCUGUGCCUGAAACUUCUGUUUUACAUCCAAAUAAAGUGAAAUGUAAACAAAGAGUUCAAGAUAUCAAACAAAUCAAAUCGUCUAAUCAACCAAUUGUAAACAAGAUUGUAGGGUCAGAUUCUGUUUCGGAGCCUCAGUCAACUCGUUGGUCUGAAGAUGAUUUUGAUAAGAAAGCUUUAUCACUAGAUGAAGCAUCUGGCGAAGUUAGCUCACCGGUUGAUUUCAAUUAUUUAUCUUCUUCACAAGCAAUGACCCCAUCAAAUAAUGAUGGAACUGAACUGGUAUUAGAUCAUUUCAAUAAAGAGGAACUAAUUACGAUGGUAAAAGAUCUCUCUGAACAAUUGUUUGAAUCGAAAGGUCAGUUGGUGGAACAAGAAGCACGUUUAAGGGCGGAAAUGUGUGAUAAUAUGAAUCAGCAGAUCAUUGAUUUUGAAAAUAAGUUUGAAGCACUAUUAAAAAGUAGAGAGAAUUAUCUAUAUGAAGAAUCAAAUGUGCGUAUGCGUAAUAUCGUUCAAUCAGUGAAUCAACGUCAAACUCAUCUAACUAACAAUUCUAAACGUUUAUGUCCAAAUGAUUCAGACGCUAGUAGCAGUGAUGAGGAUAUUUCACAAAUCGACAACUCUUUACAAGAAAAUAUUGUAAAGAUAAAACAAUCUUUGGGAGUAUGUGACAAUUGUUCAGCACAAACAAUCAAAAUAGCACAACUUUUACAAACAAUUAAACAGUCAGAGAAUCAAAUUGCGGAAUUGCAAGGUGACUUAGCAGAUCAAAAAGAUAUCAUUGAAAAUCUUAUGCGUGAACUAGAUCGUAUUCGAGUAGAGAAUAGAAGAUUAGAUUUUACAGUCGCUCAACAAAAUCAGUCUAAUAAACUUAAAACCGACGUACAAAUUCAAACAGAACUAAAUGAUGAGCACGUUUCAUCCAGUGACUCUUUGAAAGUAGAUGACUUAGAUGAUUCGUGUAUUACUAUCAAUUUACCCAAAAUUACUGCAUUUGCAAAUGAUCAUGUUACAAAUAAGAUGAAUCCACAUUCAUUUUAUGAAAGUCCUGAGUCAAAAGUGACAAUACAGGGAAAUGCUAAUCACUCAUUAAAUAAUGAAACACCUUCCACAAUUGUUAAAGGCCCCAAUAAAUUGCUACCUGGGGAAAAACAACCUUUUUCGGACAGUACAAUUCAGCACUUAGUUGGUCCUGAGAAAAAACAUCAAACAAAUGAUGAAGUGAAAUGUAUUCAUCUUAAAAAUGAAUACAUCACCAAUGAUGUUAGAGAAAGUAGAAUUAGUGAAGGUUUACUAUCGUUUUUGGAGCAUGAAUCAAGCUUUCAACAACAAGAGAUAGUGGAACAGUUACGUCGUCAGAUCUAUGAAAUAGAAGAGAAAUUUGCUUUGAAACAUGAUGCAUUAGUCAGAUCUGAAACAGCUUUUCAUGAACUUAAAUCACAAUAUGAAGAUCUUUCUCAAAGAUUGAUUUCACAAACCAAUGAAUUGCAUCAGUCUAACUUAAAAUUAACUAGAAUGAAACAGUUACAUGAUGAAGAACUGAAAAUUUGCAAUGAUGAUGCACAAAAGCGUAUUGAUCAAAUAAAAACUGAUUUAAACGUUGCUUUAGAACAAAAUAAUGCAUUACUUGCUCGUGUACCGAAUACUGACAUGAAUGUUCAAACAUCAAUUAUUGUUGAGCCAAGUAUUCAUACGGAUUCGAUUUCCAUGCAAACUUCAUUAUAUCAAAUGAAUGAAUUGUCUAUGCAGGUUAGCUCAUUGAGUCUUGGAGUUUCAAUCGGGAUUCAGACAGAAGAGCACAAUGAGGUAGAUGCCUCAAAAUCGGUGUAUACAGUUAAUGCUUCUAUUUCUCACCGGGAUGAAGAACUAAAUGAAAACAAUAGCACAUAUAUAUCAGAAAACCCAACAAAUCAAGUUAGACGAAACCUUCGGAAUGCUUCUCGUCUACGACUUAAGCAAAAUGGCGGCCGGUUAACUCAAAGACUUGGUCCACCAAAACUUCCCAAUUUACCUUCUCCUAUUCCUUCCUCUGUUUGUUUAUCGGAUAGUGAAUUAGAACUUAGUGUCACUUUACAUGAAGAGGAGGUUCCUAAAGAAAAUAUCAAUAAUACAAGUGAUGAAGAGACAGACGAAAAUGAUGAUGAGGAUGAUGUAUGCAGUUGUAAAUCUGAACCACGAAACACUAAUCGUCGACCUGUACGUCAGAAACAAGUAAUCAAAACACUUGAGAAAGCGUCUGCAAAAGAACAAAAAAGACAAACACGUUCCACUACUCAUAGACGUCUUCCACCUCUAGCUGAAUCAACUCAAUUAUUACCAGAUUCAUUUUUUCAAGAACAACUUGAUGAAGCAUUAGAAAGUGUUGAUAUUGAACUAAAAAAAACGGAACAACGAAAUCUCAGACAGUUACAUUCACGUCAAGCAACACGUAAAAGACGUUGAUUAGUGUUGUUUUUUGAAAAUUUACAUUACUGUAAAUAUUGAUUCUUAUUUUUUCCCCUUUUAUUUUCUCAAACAGUACAUAAUAAGUUUUAGCAUUAGGUUUAUCUAAUUUUAUAUUGAUAGAAAAAGAAAGAUUUGACUAUUUAUUGUAUGCAAUUGUUUCAGGCUCAGAAUUGUCAUGUUAACAUUGUAUUAUAUACCUAAAUGUAGAAUUUUGCACUCAUUUCCCCACUACAUUACCCCUACAUGAUAUAUUUACACAGUCAUUAUUAUUAUGUAAGCAAAUUUUAUUUCUAUUCAUUUGUAUUUAUAAACAUUUAUUAGGUACAUAAAAAUAGAUGAGGAAUAUGUCUUUUUAGAGUUACUCAGAGUUUACGUGAAUUACAAUGUGGACUGUAAUUCGUAAUAAUUUUAAGCCAUACAUGAAGUUUAAAUAAAAGUUUAGUUGAAC